CCGCACUCUUAUCUGCAAAUAAAAGGCUUGGGUUGUUGAGAGUUUGGGGAGUAUUUCCCAGCAAUGGAGACAUCGGAAAAUAUAGCAACAAGUAUCAGGAAGAUUAGGAAGAGGAAGUUCAGUGAGGAGCAAAUCAGGUCACUGGAGUUCCUAUUCGAGUCGGAGGCAAGGCCUGAGGCACAGUUAAAGCAGAAGGUGGCCACUGAGCUGGGGCUUCACCCUCGUCAGGUUGCCAUAUGGUUUCAGAACAAGCGGGCUCGAUCCAAGUCCAAGCAGAUUGAGCAAGACUAUGCUGUGCUGAAGGCUAGUUAUGAUAAUCUGGCUUUACAGUUUGAGUCGCUGGAGAAAGAGAAUCAGAACUUGGCCAUACAGUUGCAGAGACUGAGAGGUGGGCUGGAGAAACCUCAUGGGAAGGAAGAUGAGGAAUCGGAGAUCGGGUACACUAAUUCGGAAACGAAAGAAAGAUACAACCCUGUGCUUCAAGGAAGAAUUGAGUACUUUGCUGAAGAUACACACACUCCUAAGAUGGAAGAACAGACGAAUAGUUCCCUGACAUCUUCUGCAGAUUUAGGAAUUUUUAAGUCUAGUUGCUUUCAAGAUCAAUCGAAUUGUAGUUCACAGUGGUGGGAGUUGUGGUCUUGAUCAAUGGGCACCAACUCCUCUAAUGAGAUUGCUAGAAAUGUAUGAAAAUGAACUUUCUCCUGCUGGUAGGCAUAAUGAUUAAAUAGGGUCCCGGAACACAAACAGACCAAUAAUUCUCGAUGUCUCUACGUUUAGCCUACGAGGAUGAUUUUUCAGACUCCUAGGGACUGAACCCUAGAUUUAUUCAUGUUCUUUUACUGCUUCAUGUGACUAUCAAGAACAAGCUUUAACGAAGCCAGGCUUCAUUCUGGAUUGGCAA